GGGAAAGCGGGUAACUGGCGAGCAGCCCUGAGCUCUUCCUACGCUGAGGGAGCAGAGCUCAGGGAGGAGAGCAGGAGCCGGCCCGAGGCAGCUGCUCACACACAUGGCCACGGAUCACCCUGGGCACAUGCACCUGCCCAGAGCUGAUGCUAUUCAUUCUCGUCGCGUUGACCUGGAGUUUUUUCAAGACUCCAGCCAGCCUGUGCCACUUUUCACUACCCGGGAGAUACUUGAUCCUUCCUAUCAGAAGCCAAUUGGAUUGAGAGAUCAACACCAGCAAGUGCUCUUCUCCACAAAGCCCCGGCAUUUAGGACGGGUUUCACAUGCCCAGCGACUACUGUGUAGAUUUAAUGUUCGCCAUAGUCCUUGGCCACCUCUUUCCCUGUGGGCCGAAUGGGUUAUCGAGCAUCCUUGGUUUAAGAACUUCAUCAAUUUCCUCAUCAUUUUGAAUGUAGUUGUACGGAUGGUUAUAAUAGAACUGCUGGAUUCCACAAACAACAGUCUGUGGCCACUGAAGCUGUCUUUGGAGGUGGCAGUUUGGUUUAUCUUGCCCAUUUUCAUUGUGGAAAUCCUUCUGAAAUGGGUAGCCAGCUUCUCCCUCUUCUGGAAGAACGCCUGGAAUGUCUUUGACUUCGUGGUCACCCUGUUGCCCUUGCUGUAUGAAAUCUUGGUGCUGGGCGGGGUGACUGGCCAUCCCGUGUGGCUCGAGCUGCUGAGUAUCUGUGGCGUGAUGAGGUGUUUCCGGCUCUAUGCACAGUUGCAUCAAGUCCGCGUUAUCAUUUUGGCCCUGGUCAGGACCUUCAAGAGCAUCCGAUUUCACUUCAUGUUGCUGCUCCUCCUCUUCUACAUUUUCGCCGUGGCUGGUGUCUACUUCUUUAAGGAUUACACCCGUUCAACUCACCAGGACCUGGUGUACAGGGAGGCCUUCUUGGGCCUGCCAAAUUCCCUAAUAACCGUCUUCAUCCUCUUCACCAUGGAUCACUGGAACUCGCUGCUCCGGGACAUCUGGAAGGUGCCGGAAGUCAGCUCGGUCAUCAGCAGCACCUAUAUCAUCCUCUGGGUGCUUCUGGGCUCCAUUAUCUUGCGAAAUGUCAUAAUAAGCACGAUGGCUAAUAACUUCCGGGACAUCCGGGAUGAGCUGGAUAAGGAGAUGGCACAUCUGGCUGCUCAGCACAAGGCUGAUGUCCUCAAGCUGCAGAUCCUCAGGAGGAGACAGAACCAGUCCUUUACAACACUGAGGUCAAGCCACAGCAAAAUCAGUGCCAGAGAAGUCAGUAGACACAGGACAUCGCUGGACUUCCAAGAAGCUUCUUCAGAAAAAGAGUCUAAACACAGCACGGUUGAAAAGGAAGUGACCUUGUCUUCCAAGCCAACAAAAGAGUCCUUGUUCAAAAGGAAAGAGUCCUCAUCUUCCUCCUCGACAUCCUCCUCCUCUUCAGAGUAUGGUGAUCAGGUGGACUGGGAGAACUUGGUGCACCAGAAUCUCCCUGAGCUCAUGGAAAUGGAUCAGGACCAGUACACUCUGUGGCCCCGAAAUUUACUCUUGCGGUAUCUUGAGUUGCUGGAAGAGCUUCAGUAUAAUCUGGAGGAGCGGAAGGAGUUGCAGCGGUUGGCAGCACAGGAACUGAUGAAAUUCCAAAAGAGGUAACACCCACCACAAAUGGCUUCAAGAUUUUUGGGCCCAGCAAAAGAUAACGA